GACUUCCCUUCUUUUGUCUGUCUUUCACAGCAGAUUCAGCUGGAACCGACAACACCGAAAUGCGGCCGCGGAAAAAACAUGGAGUCCUAUCAUCCGCCUGCCACCAAACGAUUAGGAACUCCUGAUCUGUUGGACUGGGAAGCUGGCGAUAAAAAGCGCGCAAGGCUGGGGCUUGGCGUCGAGUCAUUUGACUUGGCUCAAUCGUCCGAGAACCCUAAUAACCAAACUCAACGGACCGACUUGGGCUGCGCCUUUGGCAGUCCCUCCCUAGUAUUGGAAGAUUGCUCGGAACCACCCGAUGUGUGGAUGAGCGAUGCGCAUGCACCAUGGGGAGAUCAGGACCAGUUUGUCGGUCUCGACCCAAACUCCCAGUUGUCCGAGCCCCCAGUCGGAAUGGUCUGCUUUGGGAUGAUAUGCGACUCAAAGGGGCUCUUACUAGACGACCCAACAGCUGUCGAAAAGUCCGGACUGCUCUCCCUCCCCGCAAGGCGGGAUACCUAUGAGUUGCGCCCAGUCUCUCGAGACAAUGUCACUUUUCUUCAACUCGACUCGGACACGGAGGCGGAUGUGGCGGUCUUGGACCAGAUCACUGCUCAUGCUCUCUCAGCGGUCAGCAAGGUUUUCGGGUGUCAGGUCGAUCUAUUCCUGUCCGGAACAGAGUUUCAAAACCUCCGGAGCAAGUUCAAGUCCGGAGAGAAAAGAUCCAAUUUGUUGCUUCGGCUAUGUUUUACGGGCCCUCGGAAGCAGCGGGCGAGGUUGGACGGCUUCUCUCCAAAGCCCGACUUUAUCUUCAGGAUCCGACACACCAACGCCAUGGAAUAUCGGGAUACGACAACCCUCACAGAAUGAGCUUUGGAGAUUCUGCCAACACUAUAGCCCUAAAAACUGACGCUCCGUUGUCAAUUGAUGACCGUGAGGAAGAGGUUGAGACAAUCUUGAAGAAUCUAGAUCACCACGCCGAGUUGCAAUCAGAGGCCCCGACGAGCGACAUCGUGACAACAAAGCUCAACAUGUAU